AUGGCUAGCACAGCAUUUGCAUACGUGCAUGACGCCUCCGAGGACAAAGUACAGGCACGAGCGAUCACUGACGAGAAAUAUGUUGGUGCCGGUGGAAGUACUGCUCCCUUCAGUGCUGCUGCUUUCCUGUUCCCUCUCGCAGCCAUGGUCGCAUAUGGUCUCUAA